ACCACUUGACAUUUCUUAUCAUCCAGCAUGGGUCGUGUUAUUCGUGGCCAACGUAAGGGUGCCGGUGGCAUCUUUAAGUCGCAUGUGAAGACUCGCAAGGGCAAAGCCGCCUUCCGCACCAACGACUACGUCGAACGCGAGGGAUACAUCAAGGGUGUAAUCAAGGAGAUCAUCCAUGACCCCGGCAGAGGUGCGCCCUUGGCCCGCGUGUCGUUCCGUGACCCGUACAAGUACCGCAUCAACCACGAAUUGUUGAUUGCCGCGGAAGGCAUGUACACCGGCAUGUUCAUCUACGCCGGGAAGAAGGCCACCAUGGCCGUCGGCAACAUCUUGCCGUUGUCCCAAUUGCCUGAAGGUACCAUUGUGUGCAACGUGGAAGCGCGCAUCGGCGACAAGGGCAAGUUCGCUCGCUGCUCCGGCGACUACGCCGUCAUCGUCACCCACGACGAAGACAAGGGCAAGACCAAGAUCCGCCUCCCGUCCGGCUCCAAGAAGACCAUCCCCUCUGCCUGCCGUGCUAUGGUGGGUGUGGUCGCUGGUGGUGGACGUACCGACAAGCCUAUCUUGAAGGCUGGUCGCGCUUACCACAAGUACCGCGUCAAGCGUAACGAAUGGCCCCAUGUGCGUGGUGUUGCCAUGAACCCUGUGGAACAUCCCCACGGUGGUGGUAACCAUCAACACAUCGGUCACCCGUCGACUGUCAAGCGUGAUGCCCCUGCCGGUAAGAAGGUCGGUCUCAUUGCCGCCCGUCGUACUGGUCGCCUCCGCGGCAUCAAGAAGACCGACAAGGACAACUAAACUUGUUCCUGAUCGAUGUAAAAUCGCUAAGAAAUGUCAAUUUUCUCCUCGCA